ACUUGGGUCAAGCGUCCAAAAAGGUGUCAGUAGUGGUGGGUUUUUAAAAAAAUGAGUCAAUAUAUCAACAGAGAUAGAGAAAUUUGUAUUUACUGUAGCCAUGGAUGUAUGGUAGAAGGCCUCAACAUUUCAUUUACCUAGUAACGGGUAGUUUAAGACUAGGUGAAUUGGUACCCCUGCCUUAUGCACUAGCAGUGGAAAAUCUGACAUCGCUUCAAACAAAAGUUAGUUGAUAAAACUCACAAAUGUUGAACAAGAUGAAAAAUAAAAGUGAAUACUCUCUCCUGGCAUAAAAAAUAAAUGAUCUUUGACAAAAAAUUAUGAACAAAAUAUAUUGCUACAUAAUUGUUACAAAUUUUUUACUUUUUAAGCGAAUUCUCAAUUGUUUGAUGACAGCAUUUGAUGUACGUACUGGGCGAUAUUAACCGACUCCACCAAAACUAUUAAUUUUCGUGGAAAUAUCUUUCAGUUCUGCCUUAGAGUUACUACUUAUUAACUCACGACCAUAUUCUACUGUUUCACAAAGUAGUCAGGUGAAGGAAAACAUCGUGUUAUUCAAACGGAUGUCCAGACUAUUUUGUAUUCAUUAUGCAUAAUGCUGUUGUUAGUAUUCUAUUUAUACACUUUGUUUAAAACAAAUUUCGUGACAAUAUUAGAAAUCAAAUAACCUACUUCCAUUCUGUGAUAAAUUCAGUGACAGCAAUUUUUGUAUUUAUGCUCAUGUAGAUUACGUACUUUGUGUGUAGUAAUUUAAAUGAGAGUCUGAAUUUAAUUCAUUCAUUGACAUUGCCUAAUUUGCAAUUUUCGGCAAAUUAUGAUGACACUAUAAUAUUUUUAGCACAUUUCCUGUUUCAACAUGCAAACUGAUACGGCACAGGAAGCAGUGGUUUACCAAAACCUUACUUUUAAAUUAACACAUGCAUCAGUAUGUAUAAGACGGCAGUAAUAUUGAAAUUAAAAUGUUUUCUUUUACUGCUUUAUCUUUGAUUUUAAAUUUAAUGUUCGUUGUAAGUUUUAAUUUUGAUACCGAUUACCCUAUUGUGUAUGUCAAUCCUCUACAAAAUCAGCAAAGAGCUGCGUAUUUUGGAUAUUCUGUUGUAUUACAUGGAUCGCCCAGUUGGGUGCAAGUCGGAUCACCAAGAGGGAAUAGUUCAGAGAUCAAUGCAUUUGAACCAGGUGUUAUAUUUAAAUGUGACAUUUAUGGACCCUGCUCAUUGAUUGAUGUUGACACUCAGACAGGGAUUGGCGCUACAUUUCGUGGCUCAUUUCGUGAUAAGAAAGAUAAAGCAUGGAUUGGUGGUGCUAUGGAUAUUGAUCAUAAUUCCAAUCGUAUUGUGGUCUGCUCCCAUCGUUGGGUGAAUGAUCGAAUACAGGACUACUGGAUGCUAGGUGCCUGCUAUUGGGCCCCCAGCAAUAAUGAGACGUUGUACGAUAAACUUGUACCAUUAUUGGAUAAUGGAAAAGGGAUAGUUUUCGAUCGAACGGCAAAAGUUAAUGUGUACUACUAUGGGCAGGGGCAGGCGGGGAUGUCUGCUCAUUUCACAAAAAAUCCUCAGGAGGCGGAGUUGCUUCUAGGUGCUCCCGGUGUGUAUAAUUGGGACGGAACCACACUAUUGUACCGAGAUGGACCCGAUAGCGCGCCAGUAGCCAGUAAACUCCAAAUUUUACCCAACACUUUUACCAAACGAGAGAUCGGUUAUUCGGAUUUCUCAGAUCUGAAUAUUGCCAAUGCAAUGACAACAACUCAAACUGCGGCAUUUGGCUUAUUUGGAUAUUCUGUUACUUCCGGCUAUUUCUUUAACUCUACCGAACUUCUAUAUGUAGCAGGAGCUCCUCGUUCUCGAAAUUUAGUGGGUCAGAUACUUGUGUAUCAAUUUUUAAAUGCUUCUGAUCAAGCAUUGGACGUAAAGGACUCAAAGCAAGGUUACCAAUAUGGCGAAUAUUUCGGAGCUACUUUAUGCGCCGGCGAUAUUAAUGAGGAUGGCUAUGAUGAUCUGAUUAUCGGCGCUCCUUUUUAUACCAGCACGAAGUAUAACGAAGGACGCAUUUUUGUGUUUUUAGGAAGUGGCAAGGGGAGUCUAGAAACUCCGCAGAUUGAAUUUAUUGAAGGAAAAGGUAUUGGGGGCCAAUUUGGUAGUUGUAUAAUGUUUUUAGGCGAUAUUCAUCGUGACGGAUAUUCUGACAUUGCUGUUGGAGCACCGUAUGAGAAUGAAGGAAGUGGAGCGAUUUAUAUAUAUCGUGGUAACUCUUAUGGGCUCAGCAGUAGUCCCUCUCAACGUAUAGCGGGUAAAGAUUUUGUACCGAACAUUCUUGGGUUUGGAAUUAGCAUUUCAAAACCGACAGACGUGGAUAUGAAUAAAUAUAAUGAUUUGGCAGUUGGUGCAUACUUGUCCGGACAUGUGGUCCUUAUACGAAGUAAACCUGUUGUUACGUUACAGCUGUCUGUUAUUUCUCUGACUCCUCGUUUGGAGCACAAUGCUGAGUUUUUUAGUAUAAAAUCCUGCUUUUGGUAUACUGGAUUUUUUAUUCCUCCUACCAUAUCUGUAACACGAAAGGUGGUUGUAGAUGAAUUAUUUCAACGAGCAAUGUUACCACCACAAACUCCAAGUGUGAAACCUCUGACGCUGAAAGUUGACGAUAUUGUUUGCGAAAAUAUUACUUUUUUAAUCCAGAAAGACUUGACUAAUCGUUACGAUCCAAUUACUGUAACUGUGUCUCAAGAGUUAAUUAUCGCCAAAACUAAGCGAGAAGUGAUAUAUGUACAACAAAAUGAAAGUGUUCCACAAGAUAAGUUUUGCAAAGACUGCGCAAUCCUCAAUCCAAUUCGUUCCGUAAAAGAGCAAAAAUUGGAACUGUCAUUUGUCCUCGGUUGUGGCGCGGAUAAUAUAUGUAGAACGAAACUAAAUCUUAAAGCUACCUUCCUUAAUAUUAAUUCGCAAAAUAAAUAUGUAUUAGGUUCGACUGACUAUCUCAAAUUGAAAGUGAACAUUAGCAAUGAGGGAGACAAGGCAUAUUUAACGCAAUUAAUCGUCGAAUUACCAAGGCUAGUUCAUUUUAGAAGUAUUCCAAUUAAUUGUUUAGAAGGAAACUCGUCUGGGUCUAUUAUAUGCAACGUAGAUAACCCUCUGUAUGAAAAGAAAUGGAAACUGAUAAUGUUAGAUCUGGAUAUGAAAGAAUUAAUCUCCUCAAACUAUGGGGAUCCACUGGAUUUUCAGUUCAUACUUUUAACAAGUAGUGAAAAUAUGAACAAUAAUAUCUUCAAAGAAAGGUUGUAUACCACCCGUGAAGCUGAUAUGCAUUUGACAGGCAAAUCGGGUGAACAAAGUUUCACAUACAGUAACAGCACGCACGGCACCUCCAAUUUCACGCAAACAUAUCAGAUAGAAAAAUUUGGUGUAAGCACAAUCGACGAAAUUUUAUUGGAAAUAAAAAUUCCAACUCACGUUAUGUACAAGGGAAAUCUUAUUAGAAUGGUGCAGUUGUAUGCACCAGAAGGGUAUCAUGCUAAUCAACCAAUAAUUUGCAGCAGCAAUGUUCAUUAUAUCGUUGAAAAUGUAAUGGAUCAGUUCUCUUCCGAACUUGACAUUGAAGAUGGUAAAGAAUCGGAUGAAUCAUAUAUCACUACAACAACAGAAAGCGCAAAUGCCGAAAAUUUAAUUGUCGAUAAUACUAAUCAAUUUUUUGCGUCAAAUCCACCUUUAUUGCGAAAACAACGUGAUGUAGAAUUCGACAUCACAGCAUACCCCCUCAAUCGGACGUUGUUUAUUAACUGUUCUCAUCCAGAUUUGGAGUAUAUAUGUGCAAGAGUCAGUUGCACCAUCGGACCUUUUAAAGGAAAACAGCAGGCCACAACCGCACUGCAAUUAAAAAUGUUUAUCAAUGUAUCCUCUAUAUCAGAAAUUUUGGGAAAAAAGGAUAUCAUUCUGUUUACAACUGAUGGAGAACUCACAAUUAGAAAUCCUAAAAAUUUUGAGCAAAGUGGUAUAAGACCAGAUACUGCACAUGUCACUAGUACUUUUAUUGGCGAAACCACUAAAGAAUCUGUGGAUACAUGGAUCAUUGUUGCAGCUGCCAUUGCGGGUUUGUUACUACUGCUUCUUCUAACUAUGGCUCUCGUCAAGGCGGGAUUUUUCCAGAGGACAAAGAAAGCAGAACUAGCCGCCUUAAAGGAAGCCGAGGGAGCUAAUCAGUUUCAACAAGACACACACGUACCUGACGAAAAUGAUGAAGAAAUGAAUUUUGAAGUGGAAAAUACUGAAUAUGAAACCAGUAAUUAUUUAAAAUGACCAACUAUCGAACAUUAACAUCCGGAUGUAGAGAUUGCAUUCUUUGAGUCAUCUCUUUGAAAACUUUUGUGUUGUGGUACGGACUGCUGAAUUGUACUUUAGGUGUGCAAUAAACUUAAAA